UGCAAAAGAAAGAAUUUGCAAACACUAAGAACUUCUGCAAAGAUGUCUGGAUGUAUAGCACUAGAUAUAUUGGGGCUGCUUUUGACUCCAAAUCAGGCCAAUUUCCAGAUGAAUGAGGGACUAAUCUCCAGCUCAAUAGGUCUUGGCUAUGCCUCAGACCAAAAUUUCCAAUUGAACGAAAUUACUUAUCUGGCUGUUGCCCUUAUGGACAGAAAGGUGUGCCUCUAAAAUUCCUUUCCAACCCUUCUCCCCCAAAGAUUAAAGGGGAAACAGUUUACAUCAGAAGGGCAUUGAUUUUCUUAUCCUUAAGUUCUUUUCCUUCCUUUGGUGCAAAGGAAAUCUGUCCAAUUUCCUUGCAUUUACAAAUUAUCAUGACCCCAUAGUUACUGUAUCCUGAGAUUAUUUUUCUCCUAUAAAAGAUACCCUACUUCUUCAUUAACUUCUUUUAGCUGAUUUACUAAACAUAAUAGCUCAUUUCUUUUUAGAACUUAGUCUGCCAGUCAAAGCCUUAAUUUAGCCCACUUUAUGACAUUUUGGGUUCGUUAGGAACUGCCCACCUUAUGGCACCAAGUUCUCUAGAAACUUUGCUUGCCUUAUGUCGUCUUUCCCCUUGUUAUAGCUAGUUCAUUAAGAAUUUGCCCCAUCUUAUCACAUCUUGCUCCUUGUUAAUGGUGAGUUCUCCCAGGGAACUUAGUUAACUCUCAUCUUUUCCUUUUUUGAUGGCUCAAACUAUCUUUUGGAAAUUAUCACUGCUAUUAGCAAUGUAGUAAAAAUCAUUGUGUCUUUAUUUGGAGAUGCUCUAAGUUUUGAGUCCUAAUGCAUAAUACUGAUGGUUGCAGCUUCUUGGUGGGUGGGACAGUAUCAACCACAAAAAUAAUCAGAGACUCUCAAGAGUAAGAAAAAGCAGAAAGAGGUUUAUUACACUCUCAAGAAAGGGACUCUCCCAUCUGACAAAGUAUUUGUCAGUAAAAGUGAGUGCAAAGUAAAAACCACAACACAAGAUUAAAUACCAUGAAUGCAGAAACCUCCACCCCUACUGGGCUUUUUCUCCCAUUGUUUGAAGGGGGAGUCCGGGCUUACAUUCUUUUUUUUUUUAUUUAUUACUGCUUUUUAUUUACAAGAUAUAUGCAUGGAUAAUUUUUCAGCAUUGACAAUUACAAAACCUUUUGUUCCAAUUUUUCCCCUCCUUCCUCCCAUCCCCUCCCCCAGAUGGCAGGUUGACCAAUAUGUGUUAAAUAUGUUAAAGUAUAAGUUAAAAACAAUAUAUUUGCUGUCCAAAAUGAAUCAAACUUAGAAAUAAGGUUAAAUUAACCUGUGAAGGAAAUCAAAAAUGCAGGUGGACAAAAAUAGAGGGAUUGGGAAUUCUAUAUAGUGCUUCAUCUCCCAGAUGUUCUUUCCCCGGGUGUAGCUGGUUCAGUUCAUUACUGCUCUAUUGGAACUGAUUUGGUUCAUCUCAUUGUUGAAAAGAGCCAUUCCAUCAGAAUUGAUCAUCACAUAAUCUUCUUGUUGCUGUGUAUAAGGAUCUCCUGGUUCUACUCAUUUCACUUAGCAUCAGUUCAUGUAAGUCUCGCCAGUCCUCUCUGUAUUCAUCCUGCUGGUCGUUCCUUACAGAACAAUAAUAUUCCAUAACAUUCAUAUACCACCAUUUACCCAGCCAUUCUCCAAUUGAUGGGCAUCCACUCAGUUUCCAGUUUCUGGCCACUACAAACAGGGCUGCCACAAACAUUCUUACACAUACAGGUCCCUUUCCCUUCUUUAGUAUCUCUUUGGGGUAUAAGCUGGACUUACAUUCUAAUCUCCGAAAUCUAAUCCAGAAAUAAAAGAAUACAAGUCAAUAAUAACAAACUCUUAAUUUAAAUUUCCCUAGAGAACUGCUAUACAAGAUAUAUACAUAUAUCCUUGGAUAAGAAAAUUUAAAGCCAUCAUUACCUUUAAAAGUACUUAAAUGUCAAUUAAGAGGUGGUGAGAAACAGGAGGGGACAUAAACCUACAACUUUUAGCUAUAACUCUUUGUUAAUAUAAAGUCUCAAGUCAUGACUAAGGCUGUAGUUUAAGGCUAUAUUCCUAUGAGAGUGUCUUCAUUCAGUUAAUUCCAUACUGGAGAGAUGUAGCCGUCACUCUAAGGCCACCGGCCCUGGGAGGGCUGUAGCUCCACAAAUAAAGCUGGCUGUCAGAAACCAGUCUCUUGGUUGGUAAAAACAAAGUUUCUGAGAAUAAUGAGGUGCAUCCCAAACCGCUCCUCAGUUCUACCUCAAGCCUAUCAGUGACAUGAAGCACCUGAUCUCUCUUUUUCCUAUAAAUUUAUCUUCUUGCUCCAGAUUCUUUGCUAACUUCUUCUGGACCUCAGUCCGCUUCGGUUGGCAUUACAAUUAACUCGCCGCUUCGCUUGGAGUAUCCCACAACAACCCAGGCGCUAAGCCCUCCCGAUGGUGCCUGGACUUCCGGUGCCCCACCACGGUACCUUCAAACCGUGCGCAUGCUCCACUUCUUUUGGGAAGAAGCUUGUCCCUCGAAGCAACCCUUAAAAGAAUCCAGAACCCCCUCAGAGUGGUUGCUGGGAGACAGAAACCUCCUCCUCGAGGGUGAUUGGUUAAGUUCACAUGGAGGUGGAGUUCGUAUGCCACGUGAUUGAUACUCGCGCCAUGGAGGAGCCGGAAACGGAUAGGAAGAGACCUCGAGAGGAAGAAGAUGAUGCAUCAGGGGGCCUGUCAGAGGAUGAGGAUUAUGUACCUUAUGUGCCUGUUAAACAGAGAAAGCAGCAAAUGCUACAAAAGUUGCUGCAGAUGCGGCGGAAGGGAGCUGCUGAGGAGGAGCAGAAAGAUAGUGGCAGUGAGCCCCGAGGAGAUGAAGAUGACAUUCCACUGGGCCCCCAGUCCAAUGUCAGCCUUCUGGACCAGCACCAGCACCUGAAGGAGAAGGCAGAAGCCCGGAAAGAGUCUGCUAAGGAGAAACAGCUGAAAGAAGAAGAAAAGAUCUUGGAGAGUGUGGCAGAAGGCCGAGCUCUCAUGUCGGUGAAAGAGAUGGCAAAAGGAAUCACCUAUGAUGAUCCCAUCAAAACCAGCUGGAAAGCUCCUCGGUACGUGCUGAGCAUGUCUGAAGCCAGGCAUGACCGUGUUCGCAAGAAAUACCACAUCUUGGUAGAAGGAGAAGGGAUCCCGCCCCCCCUCAAAAGCUUCAAGGAAAUGAAGUUCCCUGCAGCCAUUCUGAGGGGCCUAAAGAAGAAGGGAAUUCACCACCCCACUCCCAUUCAGAUCCAGGGCAUCCCUACCAUCCUCUCUGGCCGUGACAUGAUUGGCAUUGCUUUCACUGGCUCUGGCAAGACAUUAGUGUUCACGCUGCCUGUCAUCAUGUUUUGCCUGGAACAGGAGAAAAGAUUACCAUUCUCUAAGAGGGAGGGACCCUAUGGGCUCAUUAUUUGCCCUUCAAGAGAAUUGGCUCGUCAGACCCACGGAAUCUUGGAGUAUUACUGUCGGUUGCUGCAGGAAGACAGCUCCCCGCCCUUGCGCUGUGCCCUCUGCAUUGGGGGUAUGUCAGUCAAAGAGCAGAUGGAAACUAUCCGGCAUGGAGUGCACAUGAUGGUGGCCACUCCUGGGCGUCUCAUGGACCUCCUACAGAAGAAAAUGGUGAGUCUGGACAUCUGCCGCUACCUGGCUUUGGACGAGGCUGACCGAAUGAUCGACAUGGGCUUUGAGGGAGACAUCCGAACCAUCUUCUCCUACUUCAAGGGCCAGCGACAGACACUGCUCUUCAGUGCUACCAUGCCCAAAAAGAUCCAAAAUUUUGCUAAGAGUGCCCUGGUAAAGCCUGUCACCAUCAACGUGGGCCGGGCAGGGGCUGCCAGUCUGGAUGUCAUCCAGGAGGUGGAGUAUGUGAAGGAAGAGGCCAAGAUGGUGUACCUGCUGGAGUGUCUGCAAAAGACACCCCCACCAGUCCUUAUUUUUGCAGAGAAGAAGGCAGAUGUGGAUGCCAUCCAUGAAUAUUUGCUUCUCAAGGGUGUGGAAGCUGUAGCCAUCCAUGGAGGCAAAGAUCAAGAAGAACGGACCAAAGCCAUUGAAGCAUUCCGGGACGGCAAGAAAGAUGUCUUAGUGGCUACUGAUGUGGCCUCCAAGGGCCUGGACUUUCCAGCCAUUCAGCAUGUCAUCAACUAUGAUAUGCCUGAGGAGAUUGAGAAUUAUGUACAUCGGAUUGGUCGAACAGGGCGCUCUGGGAACACAGGCAUCGCUACCACCUUUAUCAACAAGGCCUGUGACGAGUCAGUACUCAUGGAUCUCAAAGCCCUCCUUCUUGAAGCCAAGCAGAAGGUGCCUCCUGUGCUACAGGUCCUGCACUGUGGGGAUGAGUCCAUGCUGGACAUUGGAGGAGAGAGAGGCUGCACUUUCUGUGGGGGUCUGGGCCAUCGCAUCACUGACUGCCCCAAGCUGGAAGCCAUGCAGACCAAACAAGUCAGCAACAUUGGCCGAAAGGACUACCUGGCCCACAGCUCCAUGGACUUCUGAGCCCCCUGGCUGGACUGGAGCCAGAAGACCAGGUGCCCCCAGCCCUGUAAGGAGAGGCUACUUGGAUACUCUGCCUGCCCUCAGUGGAUUGCUGUCCUCCACCUUUUUAUCUUCUCCUUUUGGGGUGUCCCCUAUUAAAUUAGAAGUAUGGAGCUUACAUGUCUAUAAUGUUUUAAGGGCUGCAAAGCACCUUUCUCAAAAUAACCCCAGAGCAUUGGGAAGAAAUGUUAGCCCCAUUUUUCUAAGAGGGUAAACUGAGGCUUCAAUCCUUGCAGAUAGAAAUAUCGAAGCCAGGAUUUGAACCCAGAUUCCUGACUUCAUACUGCAUCUUAACAUGGAAGACAAUAUUCUGUGUGCUCUGGCUCAAUCACAAGCCCUCUUCUCUCCUUGCCCAUUUCCUAUCCCUCAGCCUCACCUUUAUGCCCUGGAAAAAGAAGGCUGAGACAGAUACCAGUUUCAAUACUUGGACUGGCCUGUUGUGCAACUCCUUAUUCUUCUAUCCCUUAGACUCCUUCUUGGUCAGGUUCACAUUUCCCAGAUGCACCUUUCCCAAGUUAUAGGACGGCCCACUAUGUGGGUCUCUUCCUGGGCUUCUGCUUACCUAUUUCCCAGCUUCCUUUUCUGUUUAUUAAACUCUGCCCUCUCCCCCAGGACCAUAACUAGUAGAAGGAACAAGCCCAGAAAGUUGUAAGGUUUCUGCUUUUAAGUGAUAUUUCCUGUCCAUUCUGUUAUAUCCUAUAGGAUAAAUGCUACCAUACCUUCUGUCUCCCAGAUCCUUCUAUAAAAUUGGUGUAGGAAUGAGAGAUGAAAAGUCUCAUGAGUCCCAAAAAAGGAGGACCAGGUCCUGCUUGACACUCCCCCCUUUCUUAUAGCCUCCUAGGCCCAGUCUCCCUUUUUAAUUUUUUUAACUUUUAUUGAUAAUUCUUGUUUUUAUAUAUCUUAAAUUUUCCCCUAUGUUCUUCUGUUUCCCUUUUCCCAAAGAGCUCUCUCUCAUGACAAAUAAAUUUUUUUAUAAAGAAAAAGAGAAAAAAAGUAUAUCAGAAAAAUCUGAUGUUAUAUGCAAUGUCCCACAGCCUGACUUCCUACACCAAAGGAGUUGGAGGGAGGCUUUUUCUCAUAUUUCUUUUCAAUGACAUAUUCAUUUUGACUCAUUUUUGAUUGUUAUUUUUUCCAUUUGAGUUGAUGUGGUCUUUGUGUAUUAUUGUUUUCCUGGUUUUGUAAAGGCUUCAUACUUCUUUGUAUUCGACAUAUUUGUCCUCUUACGUAGCAAUCAGAUUCCGUUAUAUUCACCUACCACAGUUUGUUUAACCAUUCCCUAAUCCAUGGCAUCUACUUUGUUUCUAGUUGUUUGUUCCCACUAAAAAAUGUUGCUAUGAAUAUUAUAAUGUCUAUGGAGCCUUUUUGUCAUUGACUUCUUUUGAGUAUAUUCCAGGCAGUAGGAUCUCCGAAGUCAAGGGUUAUGGAUAUUGUAGCCACUUGAUUUUCAUAAUUCCCUUUUAAGUUCCAGAAUGGUUGUACUAAUUCCCAGCUCUGUCAAAAUGCAUCAGUGUGCUGACCUUCCCACAAUCCCUCCGACAUGAACUAUUCCCAUCUUUUGUUGUUUUUGCCUGUUUGUUGAAUGUGAGGUGAAACCUUGGGGGUAUUUUGAGUUGCAGUUCUCUUAUUAAUGAUUCAGAGUAUUUUUCAAUAUGAUUUUUAAUAGUUUACAUUUUUCCUUCUGAUAACUGUUAACCUUUAACCACUUACCUAUUAAAGAAUAACUUUAGUGAAAUGGGUACAUGAUUAGAUAUAAUGGGGUGAUAUAAUAAAUAAUUUAAAGCACAAGGGAGAGUUUGCCUGUCAGAUCUUUGGGAAAGGGAGGAACUUAUGAUUAAAGAAGAACUAGAGAAUAUUAUAAAAUGUAUAAUGGGUAAUUUUGAUUAUAUUAAAUUAAAAAGGCUUUGCAUAAACAAAACCAAGGCAGCCAAGAUUGGACGUGAAGCAGAAAGCUGGGAAAAAAUUUUAUAGCCAGUAUUUCUGUUAAAGGUCUUAUUUCUAAAAUAUAUAGAGAACUGAGUCAAAUUUAUAAGUCAUUCCCCAACUGAUAAAUGGUCAAAAGAUAUGAACAGUUUUCAGAUGAAUGAACUUAAAACUAUCUAUAGUCAUGAAAAAGUACUCCAAUCACUAUUGAUUAGAGAAUUGCAAAUUAAAACAACUCUGAGGUACCACCUCAUACUCAUACUUAUCAUAUUGACUAAGAUGAAAGGAAAAUAUAAUGAUAAGUCUUGGAGGGAUAUGGGAAAACUGCAACACAAAUGCAUUGUUGGGUGGAGUUGUGAACUGAUCCAACCAUUCUGAAGAGUAAUUUCAAACUAUGCCCAAAGGGUUAUCAAACUUUUCAAACCCUUUGAUCCAGCAGUGUCAUUAUUGGGUAUGUAUCUCAAAGAGAUCAUGAAAGAGGGAAAAGGAUCUACAUGUGCAAAAGUGUUUAUAGCAGCUUUUUUUAUGGUGACAAGGAAUUGGAAAUUGAGUGUAUGCUUAUCAGUUGGAGAAUAGCUGAAUGUGGUAUAUAAAUGUAUUGGAAUACUGUUGUAUAAGAAAUAAUAAAUGGCCUGAUUUCAGAAAAACCUGUAAAGACUUACAUGAACUGAGGCUGAAUGAAGUGAGAAAGAAAACAUUUUGCACAGUAACAGCAAAAUUGUGUGAUGAUCAACUAUGAUAUGAUAUGACUUAACUCUUCUCAGCAAUAUAAUGAUUGAAGACAAUUCCAAUAGACUUGGAAUGGAAAAUGCCAUCUACAUCCAGAGAGAGAGAGAGAGAGAGAGAGAGAGAGAACUAUGGAGACUGAAUGCAGAUUGAAACAUGCUAUUUUCACCUUUUUGUUUUGUUUUGUUUUCCUUCUUGUGGUUUUUCCUUCUUGUUCUGAUUUUUCUUUGCCAAUAUGACUCAUAUGGAAAUAUGUUUUAAAAAUUAAUUGUACAUGGAAAAGAAAGAAUA